GCUGCCUUUCGCUCCAGAGGUCUCCAAUGGCCCUGAAACGCGCAUGGUGCCUCAGAUUCAUGCUCUGCGUGAGCUCUUUCCUGUGCCUGAUCCUGCUCUGGUCCCAGCUGUCUCCAUUGUUUGGAGAAGACAGAUUCCAUCUAACUCGCCCCGUCUCGUCCUCACCUAAAGAAGGAGUUGAUUUCUCACUUUUGUUCUCAGAAGACCUUGGAGAGCCGCAGUGUCAGGAUCACUCAGUCCUGCUCAUCUUAGUGACUUCACAUCCAAGUCACAUAGAGCAGAGGAAGGCCAUAAGGAAGACCUGGGCUUCACCCAUGGAAGGAGCUGCAUAUCCUUGGCAGGUGGUCUUUCUGAUCGGGCGCACUUUAGAUGCAGAAUUGGACUGGCACAUUCACAAAGAGGAUGCCGAGCAUCGAGACAUCCUCAUGGGCAACUAUGUGGACACCUACCGGAACCUAAGCCUGAAAGUGAUGCAUGGCAUGAAGUGGGUAGCAGACAGAUGCCACCCACAAUACAUUCUUAAGACAGACGAUGACUGCUUUGUCAACACUGACCGUCUGCCGGCAUCCUUGGCCCUCCAUAGCCCGGCCAAAACAGGUCUCUACGUUGGCUCGGUUUUUCCUAGGGAGAAACGUAAAGUUAUCCGGGAUCCGUCUAGCAAGUGGUAUGUUUCUCAGCACAUUUUCCCACCGGAUAUAUACCCUCCUUAUGCCAGCGGAAUCGGCUACAUCUUGUCUUUGGAUGCAGUUAUAUCAGUGUUGAAAAUGGCAGAAGGCACCCCUCCCAUCCCGGUGGAAGACGCUUAUAUUGGGAUUUUAGCUGAGCGAGCCGGGAUCAGCCUCCUUUCCAGCUCUCGAUUCACCAAAUACAACAUGAAGUGGUCUGUUUGCAACUACCGUUACCUAAUGGUAAUUCAUCGGGUAUCUCCAGGGGAUCAGGAACUGGCCCAGAAAAACGUCCUGCGGGCGAGAACCGAGUGCACGCGCAAGGCGGAGGUGGCUCACUGGCACUGACUCGCACUAAAAUAAAAUAACAGGUAGUAGAAACCUCCCAGCCAUUAAAUGAAACAAACAUUCUGGCCCAUUAUGUG